AUGGAUUGCAAGCGGGUGGUUUUGCUCGUCGCCAUCAUUGCAAGCAUGUUCUUCAAGGACCCGGGCGCCGGGUUCGGUGGACACAUCGAUGCUCCUGUAGAGAUCAGGGUAAUGGAAGAUCAGGCUCGGCUGGAGGCAGCGCAGGACACAGAGGCAACAGAUACCAGUAAAGGGAAUGACGACGAGAAAAGAUGA